GACUUUCUCGACCACUAUCCUGCAUCAACAUGCAUAAUGGACGUAGACUCCCUCUAACCGUCGCAAUGUUUGGCGAUGAAUGAAGAUUACAAAGCACAUACAAUCGACACUCCCUUAUAAAGCGAGGUCGCUAUCUUUGAGUAUAAGUGAGACUCCGGCUGCACCCAACCGAACCUCGCCCACCAUGCCAUACGACGCGACGCAGUGGCUCGUUGACCGUGCCAAUAUCCAUGACAUUGUUAUUGCUUUGAUGCUCUACGUUGACACUCGGCAGUUCGACAAGAUCGCCAGUGAUGUCCUCGCUGAGGAGCUCUACGUCGAUUACACGUCGCUGCUGGGCGGCGAGCCGUAUACGAUCUCAAACACGCAGCAGGCGAAGUGGUGGGAGGGAAUGCUGACGAAGCUGCAUGCGCUGCAGCAUGGGAUAUUGUCCCCUCUCAUCGACCUUGGCCAGCCGUCGGCAGACCGUGAAGCGCCUUCUACGGCGACCGCCCAUGUCAAUGGCGGGGCUACGCUUGUGACCAAGUCAGCUGAUGACAAGCUCACAACCGUGCAGAACGGGGGACGCUACGAGCUGGAGUUCACGCGUACGAACGCGACGACUGGCAAUCCAUGGCGCAUCAGCAAGAUGAAGGCCAUCGGGAUCUGGUCGACGGGCGAUACGAAGGCGAUGGUCGCUGAGGAUAAGCCUGAUGCUUAGACCCUACCGUCAAUGGUGUAGCAAUCACAGUGAGCAUGUAAGCGAAGAAAUUUUUGGAUCAGUACAUCUUCAACGACGGGCGCCAACCUCAAGCGGGGAUAUCCGGCCGAGAAUAUAGAUGAUGAGGACGAUUUAUCACCAAGCGGAAACCCAUGGGCGCAGAUUCAUGACGUGCAGAAAGCGGGGCGACCUGCAGCGGGGUGAGCGUGAGGCGUAGGACCCUGGUGGCAUACGCAGCUCUAGCAGGUGUUGUAAAAGCUGAAGGGGCAGCAAGAUGUAUGGAGGUGAAACUUGUGUUCUGUUCGGG